AUGAAGGUUGUCCCGAUUUUGAGAGUGGUAGUGGUAGUGGUAAUAGCAGAGAAGUUGUCUGAAGAUAGUGUCCAUAUUGAUAGCAGUGCUCAAGGUACAGAUGGAAAUAAUGUAGAUUUUGGGCAAGGAAGUGAUAACGAAGUUCUUGUGACAUUGGCCGAAGUGGAAGGGAAGAUUAACGUUCGAUGUGCCAUUGACACAUUGGAUGAUGUUUUUGUUCUGUAUGCAGCAUAUGCCCGGAUGAUUGGUUUUUCAGCUCGGAAAGGAACGCAAGCUUAUUUCAAAGGCACUAAUAAAAUUUCUUGUGGAAAGGUUUUUCAUUGUUCAUGUGAGGGACAACUGGAUAACAAGUCUUCAAAAGGUUGUGUGGCUGCGUUAAAGAAGCAUAGUUAUAGGAGCAACUGCAAGGCAAGGCUACGUGUUAGUCGAACAGACGUUGAAAGUCCAUGGGUCGUGACAACCUUUGUGAAAAAGCACAACCAUGAUAUGCUUCAUCCUACCAAAACCUAUCUAUUGCGGUCUGCCCGGAAGCUUGCACAUUCGCAGAAGACUAUACUUAUUGCGAUGAAGUCAAGUGGUAUUGGUGUUAGCCGUUCGUAUCAUUUUUUGGAAAAUGAAGCUGGAGGUCGUGAGAAUGUUGGUUUCUUACGGAAGGAUGUUUAUAAUGAGCUGAAUCGCGAGAACGCUAACAUGGCAAAAGUUGCCAAUUUCGAUGCAAACAAAUUGAUGGAGUAUUUCACAGAGAAAGGAUUAAGCGACCCUUUGUUCUACUGUAAGGUAAAGGUCACUGAUGAUGGUAGGCUUCAAUAUCUAUUAUUCAGAGAUAGCAGAUGCCUAGUAGAUUACCAACACUUUGGUGACGUUAUAUAUGUCGAUGCUACUUAUAAAACUAACAAGUAUGACUUGAUUUGCAUACCCAUAGUCGGCAUAAACCACCAUCGGGCUAAUGUUAUGUUUGUAAUUGGUUUUUUAUCAAAUGAGAAGACGGAGUCCUACGAGUGGUUGUUCUUUACUUUUCUAGAGUCAAUGUAUCAUAAAGAGCCUUCGAUCAUUUUCUCCGAUCAAUACCAGGCUCAUAUGAAUGGUGUGGAUGUUACAUUUCGCGAUGCGAAACACAGGCUCUGUCAAUGGCAUAUAAACAAAAAUGUCGGCAAGCAAUUUGGUACAUUGAACCACAAUAAGAGUUUUAAAUCUUUGUGGUAUCGGUGUAUGAAUGGCUGCGAGAAUGCAGAAGAGUUUGAAUCAACUUGGGCAGAUAUGAUAGACGAGUUCAGGAUUGUGGAGAAUAGAUGGUUUAUUGGCAUGUACAAGUUAAGAAAGCGGUGGUCUUCCGUUUUUAAAUUAGAUAAAUUUACUGGUGGAUUGCAUGCUACGUCGUGGAGUGAAGUGACGAACAAGGUUCUUAAAGAGAUAUGUGGUUCUGAGAAAAUAUAG